AUGGUUGAUUGCAAACCUGUUAAAAUGCCUAUGAGUGUUAUUGAAAUACCCAAGGUCAAUGAUGGUGGAUUAUCUGCGGAUGCAACCAAAUAUAGGAGGGUAAUCGGGAAGCUUCAAUAUUUGUCCUUCACAGACAUUUGCUUCUCAGUAAACAAGUUGUCACAAUUUAUGCAAACUCCCUCAGAGACUCACUGGAAAGCUGUAAAAUGGGCUGGAGACGCCAGUGAUCGCGCUUCCACUACUAGUUAUCUUUUGUUUUUUGGCAAAAAUCCUGUGACUUGGUCCUCCAAAGAGCAAAGAACGAUUGCUCGUUCUUCCACUGAAGCUGAAUAUCGAGAAGUUGCAAGUUCCCUUGCAUAA